GAUGAUUGUCGAGUGAUUGAAUUCAAAGAAGGAACAAAAAAUAAGAUCUUAACAAAUCACGUCAUUAGGGGAGAUCAUCUGCCAGACAAAGAUAUUUGUGAAUUGAGAUGCUAUCUUGAACCAAACUGCGUGUCCUACAACUAUGGUCCACUGUCAGAUGGAACAUUCACAUGUGAACUGAAUGACAGGACCCACUUACAAGUCCCCGACUCCCUUGAAGACAAAAGUGGAUUUGUAUACACAGAAAUUUUUGUAAGUACGCCCUGGUAACAUGCAGUUUUAAUUUACAAAGGUGAUCAAUUUACGAAUAAAAAAAACUAGGAUAUAGUGUUGUUCCCUUUGAUUUUAUUUAUUUAUCUAUUCAUCAUUUUAAAAUUGAUUUAUUGUAGAAAUUGAUCUAUUUUCUUCUUAUCUUUUCAGAAUCCUUGUGAGAGCAUUCCAUGUGCUAAUCACGCCACAUGUCAAGCGGGGUUUGGUAACCAUGGAUACCGCUGUAUCUGUCCUGUUGGAUAUCGAGGAGUUCAGUGUGAAACAGGUGAGGAAAAAAACAUCUAACGAUAAAAAGAUGAGUUCAGACAGUUCAAUAUUUAAUUGAGUUUACAAUAAAGUUAACCAGCUAUAAUUGCCAAAAGAUUAUGCGUGCAAUGUUAAGAUGGAGAAAAGACAGGAGAACAGGCGUAAGAAUCCUGACUAAAAAGAUGUGAAAAGGACAGGCAGGAGGAGAAACAGAAAGAAAAGUACAGAGAUACACAGGGCCACUUUCAUAGAGUUGGAAGAAAUGUCUUAUAGUGGAGAGUUUUUAGCUUUGGUUUUUUUUCUUAAAUUCUGUGAAGAUGUUGAUGAAUGCCAAUUAGGAAAACACGAUUUUCCUGCUGAGCGCGAAUGUGUCAAUAAUUUGGGUUCAUAUCAGUGCUCACAUUGUCGACCUGGAUAAAUUGACGAUGGAGAGACAAGAGCAAAUUGAUGAUGGAGAGACAAGAGCAAUCCGUGUGUUAGUAACUCCACAUGUCAAGCGGGGUUUGGUAGUCAUGCUUACCGCUGUAUUUGUUCUGAUGGAUAUGAAGGAGAGCUUUGCCAAAUAAAUGUGCUCUCUCAAUUGAAUGCUAGAAGUUGUCAGAAGGAUUGAAACUCCAAGGUUGUGACAACUGGAGAAGUCGUGAUAAGAUGUUCUUCUGCAGCAUUAACCGAGGGGCGAUACAAAGUAUUACUGUCGUGAUGUGAUAAAUCCUAGAUAAUGGAGCCUACAGAAAAACGAGAAAGAAAGAGAAUAUCGAAAUAAGAAUGAGUGAUAUGAAGGGAAAACUGCCUCAUGUUGUCAAUUGUAGAUAUUUGAUGCAAGGGCAAGAACAGAAAUGAAACGAAUAAAAGUAUAAGUUUCGUGCUGAAAGCAAAUAGUUCAGUGGAAUUUUGGAAUAACUGACAGAAAUAAUUGAUUAAUACGAUCGAGAUGAACUUUAGAUGAAAAAGAUCUAUUUCAAAAUAAGGAAUAUGUUUUUUUCAUCUUCCUUUAAUCUUGAAUAGAUAUUGACGAAUGCGUCUAAGGCAAGGUGAAGUGUUCCUCUGAUGGCAGUUGUGUUAAUGUUAUGGGCUCAUACGUCUAACUUCUCCGUCUCUUGUAACUCGUGUGUAGAUACUGAUGAGUGUACAUCAAGCAAACACGAUUGUUCCUCUGACGGCGACUGUGUUAAUGUCGUGGGUUCAUAUCAGUGCUUUUGCGAAUCUGGAUUUACUGGCGAUGGUAAAAUUUGCCAAGGUAACAUUUAUUUUAUAUAAAAGUGCAAAGCUAUCGAUUACUCUCUUCAUCAGUCUUGUAAGACAGAAAUAACUGAUGCAAUUCGCAGGGUCAAUUGUUCUUAAAAUUACUGCUAAAAAAUGGUAAGUCUUUACAUGUUUAUGUAUCUGAGAAGACUGCCUCCACAUCAUAGUCAGCAAAAUUGCACACAGAAUGAUGCCGAACUUCUGGCAAACCUGUGAAUCCGCGACCUCAACACAUUACACUUUUCAGUAGAUUCUGGGAAACGCCAAAAAAACAACCCCACCUCCUCUUAUAAUUUCCCUACACCUUGAUUAGUCUUAUAUUCCAUUUCUACUUAGAUAUCGAUGAGUGUAGCGAUGGAAGCCAUGACUGUCACUUUGCGGCCGAUUGUACAAACACCGCUGGAUCAUUCGACUGCAGCUGUCGGUCUGGACACCUUGGAGAUGGACGGCACUUUUGCUCAGGUAUAUCUUGAUCUUUAACCCAAAACACAAACAAAUGUGAGUGAAUAGUGUGGUUUGAACAUAACCACAGUUAUUCUUUAAUUACUUUCCUCAAAUAAAUCAAUUUAUUUUGCGUUACCAUUUCCAAGACACGAAAACCUGCGGCUUUCUUUGAAACCUGGCAAACUUUUUAACAGAUAACUGGAAAAAGGUCAACAUCGAUCCUGUCUGUUUUGGGACAAAAAAUGACGACCACGGAACUUUUGAUAUCCGAGAAGCCGGUCAAGUCUACACUUUCAAACUCGUACAUACAAGUGGCUCCGUUACAUGCGACACUCGUCGCUCACCGACCAAAUGGGGAUGCUUACGGCCAGAAUACGGAAAUUAUAACCUGAUGACAGUGAUAACAUACAGCAACAAAACUGUUCUUCCACUUGCUGAGUUCGUGAAAAGUAACGUCGAAAACAAACUGUAUACUUACCAACUUGAUGGUGCUGAUGUCAACUCUCCCACGCUUGUGUUUAAUUUUCUCCCCAUGCCCUUGGUUAUAUCUGUUGGCCAACAGUUCCAAAUUUGGUAUGCGCAUGACCUGGUUGGUUCUACCGAGUAUAAUAACGAUGGUGAGACAUGUGCGGACGUUUAUGCUUUGUACCCUUUAAACUGA